CCGGGAAGCAAUGCGGGCAGCACCAUCACGAGAUGAAGACCCCACCCCACGGGGGCAGCGGGGCAUUCGGGUUGUUUGGGCCUUGGCAGAUGGGGCAGACGGCCUGAUGGGGAGCGCAGCCCUGGCACAUGCACACGUGGCCCUGCACACACACACACACACAGUUAAAACAUUGGUUAAGUCAGGAACAACUGCAGGUACAUUCAGUGGCUAGUGUCUGUCACUGCUUACGCAUGGCCGGGUGACGGUGUCCCUCGGGGCGGCGAAACAGAUCACGCAUCGCGUGGCCUGGUCCCAGCCCUGGGCGAUGCCCUGCUGGAGCCCUUGCGCCAGGCCCGUCUGGAAGCCCUGGGCCUGCCCUUGCUGCAGCCCUGCGGCCCGCCCUUCCUCCCUGCCCUGCAGCAGCCCUGCGGCCCGCCCUUCCUCCCUCCCCUGCAGCAGCCCCGCCUCCCGCCCUUCCUCCCGCCCUUCCUCCCUGCCCUGCUGGCGGCUCUCUGCUCGGAUCUCGGCCUCCCGCUGCUGCUGCUCCUCCGCCCGCAGACGCAGCUCCCUGUCGUGGGCGUCUGCCAGUAGCUGGGCGAAGGCGGCGUCCUCGGCCCGGCGCUGGGCGAUGAUGGCGUGCACCCGCCCUCCGAAGGCCGCCGACUGCUCCGCGGUGUUGAGGGUGGCGAUUUCGGUCCGGAGGCUGAAAAAAAAGUGCACACGCAGAAGCAACAAGUUGAGCAAUGCAGUCAAGAGAUACAGCAGCGUUGACCCACCUGGGCAGGGUGGUGUCGUGGGCGCUGCUCUUGUCGCCCUGCACGUCCUCGGGCUGCAGGCCGACGUCGACCGCCGGUCUGCACGCAUCAGCACAUUGUCAUCUGUUGAGUUGCCGACAGUCUAUGCAGCUGACCUGGGCGGGUGGGUCUGUGGGACUGGCUGCGGCUGUGGGUGUCGUUGUGGGGCGGGGGGCCGAGGCCGAGCGGCCGGUUGCUGCAUAAAUGGAUUCAUAAGAUAGCAAUAGACCUGACGAGGAUGGCCAGAUAAGGCCCUUUCAUUCCCUCGUGUCUGCGCACCUGUCCGCCAGCUGCGACAGUGGUCACAUGCGAAUGCCAACACACACAACAAUGUUUGCCCACUCACGUCUAGUACUCUUGAGACCUCCUACCGCCGCGUGCUGGAUGAAGGGCGGCCGACCUGGGGGAGCUGCGGCUGCACCGACCAACAGCAAUGCAUGUGAGCAGUGCCUGCAAUGGUGUGUGACAUACCGUCUGGAAGGACGCCGCGCGGCCGCAGUGCCAAAUGCGCCGCCGGUGCCGGGAGUACCGCGUGUGGCGGAUACGCCGGUGCCGGCACGUACAGCGGCGGACGUCCAGCAGCUGAGGGGAUGAACAGACACUCAUGGACCAUGGACAGAGAAAGAUCUGGUCAUCAGUGGACUUACCGAGGUGCGCGACGAGAUGAGGGGGUGGACGGACCCCUCUUGCGACAAAUGGGGGUGGUCUUCCCCGCGGGUGCAUCUGGUAGUUCAUCUCUACCAGACGGCUGGAUGGAUGGCUGGCUGGAUGGAUG